GUGGCUGACUGUGUAGUGUUGUAAAGUGAGGAGGAAAGGUAGAAGAAUGCAGAUUUUCACUAGAGUAAUAGACGGUCGAACGAUCACUCUCCAGGUGACUGGUGACCAAACUAUCCAAGAUGUUAAGAACUUAAUUGAAGGCAGAGAAGGCGUCUUAUGUGAUCAGCAACGAUUGACAUACGCUGGUAGAACGCUAGAAGAUUAUCAACUGAUCGCAGGAUGUGGUAUUGAAGAAGAAUCUACACUAGAUUUGACAUUGAAUUUGCUUGGUGGUGCUAAAAAACGUAAGAAGAAGAAUUACACGACACCCAAGAAAAACAAGCAUAAGAAAAAGAAGGUAAAAUUGGCUGUAUUAAAGUACUACAGAGUGGAUGAAAAUGGCAAAAUUACCCGUUUACGUCGUGAAUGCCCUUAUGAAGCUGGUGUUUUUAUGGCAAAUCAUUUUGAUCGUCAAUAUUGUGGAAAAUGUGGUGCAACAUUCGUAUUUACACAGGAGCAGCAACAAGAAAAAGCCAAGUCCGCCAAAGGUGGAAAGAAGAAGUAAUGCAUUUUAUAACGUUAAAUACUUAUGCAUUGUUUCAUUUCCGCAUUUGUACUGUAAAUCAUUAUGAGAUGAUAGUGGUGUAACAAAAUAAAAAC